CUAGCGUGGACUUGAAUUUAUAAGCUGCUUCUUCUUCCUCAAAGUUUCAUUUCUCUUCUCAGUUUGAGAAUAAUUUGAACUUAGUUACAGAUUUGAUCGAUAAAAUGGUGUGCGACAAGAGCUUUUCGAGCAGUUACAUGCUGCUCAAUCACGAGGAGGUUGGCGUUGUCGAUCUUGUUCACAUGUUGCGAUCAAACGAUAUCGAGAACAGGAAGUUUGUCGAUUGCCCCAAAGGGACGACCGAGGACAAGUUCAGGCGGAGAUGGUUAAUUUCCAUGUCCGUUUUGGCUCAAAAGAUUCUUAAAUCGAUUGCGGGACCAUUGGCUGCUACUGGCUCUGCUAUCGAGUAUUGGCUCAAUCUUGUGGCUUGUAAUCGUAAUCUUGGUGGUCUGAUCUCGAAUUUCGUAAGAGGGGAAUUGAUCCGUCCGGAAAAAACAUCGGCGACGUUCUUAUCAUUCACCGGAAAUCUAGACAAACGAGUGGAGUUGGAUAAAAGCAUCGUCGAAUGUGGAGAUAGAGAUAGAUAUAAUAGCUUUCUUUCAAUCAUGGCUGCUAAAGCUUCCUAUGAGAACCAUGCUUAUCUUCAAUAUACCGUCACUGAUCUUUGGAAGAUGGAAUUCAUGGGGUCUUUUGAUUUUCAGAAUGAUUAUCAAGGGAAACCCACAACGCAAGCCUUCAUGUUUCGUGACAAAAAAGACGAUUCUGACAUGAUCAUUGUUGCCUUCAGAGGAACCGAGACUUUCGAUGCAGAUGCAUGGAGUUCAGACGUCGAUCUAUCUUGGUACGAACUCCCUGGCAUCGGGAAAGUGCAUGGGGGGUUCAUGAAAGCCCUAGGGUUACAAAAUAGUCACGGUUGGCCCACAAAACCAACCAGUCAAACAGACAAUCAAGAACUGUUCGCGUAUUACGCCAUUAGAGACAUGCUAAAAGAAGCUUUGAAAGCAAACAAAAACACCAAAUGUAUAAUAAGUGGCCACAGCUUAGGUGGUGCACUAGCAAUACUAUUUCCAGCAGUUUUGAUGUUGCAUACAGAGAAGGAUGUAUUAGAUAUGAUCGAGGGUGUGUAUACAUUUGGGCAGCCAAGGGUAGGGGAUGAAGAAUUCGGGAAGUUUAUGAACGAGAAGAUGAAAGAACAUAAAGUGAAGUAUUAUAGGACUGUUUAUAGCAAUGAUAUGGUGCCUAGAUUACCUUAUGAUGAUUCCACCAUGAUGUUUAAGCACUUUGGGACUUGCUUAUACUUUGAUAGCUUCUAUAAUGGCAAAAUUGUGGAAGAAGAACCAAACAAGAAUUACUUCUCUUUAUUAUCAGCGAUACCUAAGAUGAUAAAUGCGGCAUGGGAGAUCAUAAGAAGCUUUGUGAUCCCGUAUACAAAAGGCGCAGACUACAGUGAAGGGGGUCUUCUUAAAAUGUAUAGAAUAAUCGGGUUGAUAGUUGCUGGGAUUCCGGCUCAUGGUCCUCAAGAUUAUGUCAAUGCUGUUCGAUUGGCUUCUUCAGAGUUAUACAAAGAUCAUGAGAUGAUGAAUAACGAAGAAACACAUAUUAUGAUUGAAGACGAAACCUUAAAGUAAUACGGAUUUCAUUAUUUUUUGAAACGUUUGGAAUUGAACAUCUUCCUGCAACUUAUUUAUAUGAUUUAUAAGGAAGUAAGAUGUAAUUAUAUGGAAAAGAAAUCAAAUUUUGUCGAAA